CAAAUGUUUUAAUACACAAACCGUCCUCUCUUCCAACAGCCACAGAAAAAACGAAACACAUUAAAAUAUCAGUGAGAAUCAAAGAAGAAGAAGAAAGAAGAAAGUUUCUUCUUCCAAGAUUACAUCAAUUGACGCUAACUCCUCAAUUAUUUAACUUGCAUCGCUGGGUUUCUCUGUCUCUUCCUCCUUAUCCAAAACUGUGUAAAGUUUCGAUCUUUCCCCAUGAGAACAACAUAUGUAAUUUCUUGAUUUCCCAAUUGAAUCUGCAAUCUGGGUUUUCGUUUUCCGACCAAACCCAAGAAGAAAGCUCUCAACUUUGGCUCCAAAACCCCACAUGGGAUUGGCACUGAAUACUUCCAGAAGACGAAGAAGAAGAAGAACAGUGUUACCAGUCACCAUCAUCGAGUCUUCGCCACGACUAUGUCCAUAACACAAUCGCUUUUCACAUCCACUACAGAGGAGAAAGAAGGAACCUUCACCACUCUAUGGAUCAAAGAAGCAUUAGACGACCUUCCCCACAGCUUCACAAUCACCGACCCGUUUCUCUCGGGUCACCCGAUCGUCUUCGCCAGCCCCGGGUUCCUCCAAAUGACAGGUUACUCUCUCCAAGAGGUCAUCGGGAGAAACGGGAGGGCCUUUCAAGGGCCCAAGACUAAUCGGAGAUCGGUCAUGGAGAUUCGCGAGGCGAUUCGCGAGGAGAGACCCGUUCAGGUGAGCUUGUUGAAUUACCGGAAAUCCGGAUCUCCGUUUUGGAUGUUGUUUCAUAUGAUCCCUGUGUUCGGGAGAGAGGACGGGAGAGUGAUCCAUUUCGUCGCGGUUCAGGUCCCUAUUACGGGGCGGAAGGUGAGUAAUGGGACGGGUUUGAGGGAGAUGGUGUUUGGUUCUUGUCGGAGAGAGGUUUGUUUGGGUAGUUAUGUGCAUCAGGAGCGAGUUGUGCAAGUUGAAAUGGAUGAACAAGAUUUAGAAAACUGGGAACACUGUGAAGCGAGUGAGUCUGAGAAGCUAAAAUCUGCGGAAGCAGUUAGCAAUGUGUUAGCUGUUUUGACGCGUUAUAGCGAGUUUGCUGGGAGAUUAGUAUGUGGGAAGAGGUGCUGUUUGCGUGGUGCAGAUUGUUUAAGCUCCUCGUUAGUUAUAUCUCUUGGUAGAAUCAAACAAAGUUUCGUACUAACCAAUCCGUGCUUACCGGACAUGCCUAUCGUUUAUGCUAGUGAUGCCUUUUUGACAUUGACUGGUUACAAGAGACAUGAAGUGUUGGGACAAAACUGUAGAUUUCUAAGUGGGGUUGAUACUGAUUCCUCGGUUCUAUACGAGAUGAAUGAGUGCAUCGUAAAGGGAAAAUCAUGCACAGUGCAGAUACUAAAUUACAGCAACAGAAAAGAUAAGAGCACAUUCUGGAAUCUUCUUCACAUAUCACCAGUUCGUAAUGCUUCAGGCAAGACGGCAUAUUUUGUUGGUGUUCAGGUGGAAGCAAGUUGCAGAGAUACUGAAACUAAAGAGCUGAGACCGGAGACAAGGCAACUGAGUGUGGUCGGUGCCGUUAGAGUUGCGGUCAGAAGCUCUUUCAUGGUGACUUGCUAAUGAUACUAUUCGCCACAACAAAAAAAUGCCUUCUAGAGAGAAGUAAAGAGCAUGUGUAAAGUGAAUUCGACAUACAUUUAUAUGAAUCAUAUUGUACAUGAGCAUAUAAAGUCUCUAUUUGAGCUAUCAUUAAAGAAAACAGAGAGAUGGUUAUAGGAAGGAAAAAAUGAUUAGUAUUACUCUCAACAGGCACAACUUGUUUCUUUCCUUGAAGUUUUAAGUAUGUACAAAUUCUUUUGCAAAACGUUUAUGGUUGUGAUCAGGCAGAUGAUAACUUUUAAAAGUUUAAACAGA